GGUUAUCUGACAACGAAUCCAUACACUUGUGAACACAGUGAAACAGUGUGAAAAAUCAGAAAAUAUGUGUACAUUUUUUCAAAUAAUUUACAUUUAAUAAACAGUGAAAAAAGGCGGUUAUCUGACACGAAUUCAUGCACUUGUGAACACAGUGAAACAGUGUGAAAAAUCAGAAAAUAUGUGUACAUUUGUUGUCAAAUAAUUUACAAGAUCAUUUAUUAAAUUAAAACCAUGAGAACGAGAAAAAUUGUGGAUCAAGUAUUUUUGAAAGACGUUACAUUUUUCAAAAAAGAAAAAACCCGAUACAACAUCAGGAAGAAAUUAUAAAGAAAAGACAAAUUUGAGAAGCAUUAUAUGUACCAAAUCCUUCCAAUGGAGUAGAUGUAGGAUAUCUAGCAUGGAUUUUAGUGAUAUUAAUGGAAAGUAAAUUAGUAUUUUUAAUGACUGAAAUUGAAUAGAAUCUAAUUGGUGACAACUAGUGGUAGAUAGCAAAGGCGUACUUGAGUAACGAAUAUGAGAGAGAAGAUAUUUUGGAUUUUUACAGUAAAAUAACCCUACGCGAAGUUUCCUUUCCCCGGGCUGCCACGAAUUUAAUAAUUCCAAUAUUCUUCCUACAUUUUGAUUUAAUUUUUUGUAUAUGAUGUGAGAAACUUAAUUCACUAUCGAUCCAUAUUCCUAGAUAUUUAUACGAUAGCAACAUUUCAAGACGAUGACCAUUGUAAUGGAGAUCAGAAGUAUCGGGCAGCGUUGAUUGGCCAAAGAAAAUUUGAAACUGUAUUUUUUUUGUAUUGUUCACCAUUUUCCAUCUCAUUGCCGAGCGGAAAACGGCAUCUAAGGUUUUGUGAGUGUUUUUGUAAAAAGUUGAAGGUCAUCGAUAGAGGCAGAAGGACUAGUAUGACAUACAACAGUAUCGUCAGCAUACAUACUUAGAAAACCAUUUAACGACACUUUGAUAGGAACGUCAUAAGAAAAAAUUGAAAGUGGGGAUAGAGUGGGGAUAGAACAGCUCUUUGUGGUAGUUCACGAACAAUAUAAACUAUUUUAGAAACGCCUGGUGGAUAUGAAAUAGAAAAUGAACGGUUGCUUAAAUAAGAGUGUAUGAAUCGAAUAAGAAUGGGUGGACAUUCAAGAGAAAUAAGAUGCAAAUUAAUAAUGGUCUUCUGGCGUGUCAGUUUUGUUUGAACAACAAUAUAUAUUCCAUUCUUUCGGCGAAACUUGCUUACAUCAUGUUCUCGAAGAAAGGUCCGAGUAAAAUAUGACGUAAUCAAGUCUGAAAAAAAGAUAUCUGAACUAUACAAGACGUCUGGGAAAUUAUUGUAAUUGUUCUUAUACCCUGCAUCUGCAUCUGCAUUUUCUGAGAAAUGCGCUCAAGUUGAUCAAGGUCUUGCGCUUACUUCUAAUUCAUAUGCAUGAUAAAAAGAACUUCAUCGGAAGAAGGAUCUGCAGCCACGUUUGCACACGGAAACAACGUUGUAUUCCCUUAACUUUAGUCUAGGGUCUUACAAAAUGGUUGCCUGUGUGUGUGUGUGUAUAAAGUGGACUUACAGAAUAUAAAUAGCCUAUCAUAGCGAAUCGAUCUGGAAUAUUUUCAGCCUUCUUGGGAUCUUCAGAGAGUGCCCAGAAAGCAUUUUAACUUUAUCUUACAUUAUGCACUUUUUCCGUGGUAUCAGAGAAGUUCACAAAAUUUCUCAGCUAUCCGAACACCGACCGAAAGGAGGCUUGAACAUUUUCUUGAGCUCAGAAGUUUAGACCUUUUUUUUUAGAUCUUUGGAUCUCGAGAAGACCAUUUAGAUUUCUAUUAGAUUUCGAACCGAACCGUACACACCAAAUGAGAGAAAGAUUCACAUGUUUUAGAUAGGCCUGUAAUGAACGCUGACCGAACAGAAACGCGAGUGUUGUCCUGGAUUCAAAACUCAUGGAAGAUCAUUCGUUCGCAGAUAUAAGUUCCUAAAGUCAAGGAACACCGUGCGUGCAGACGUGCAAUACCUUCUAUAUUAGUUAUUUUGACUAAAUAUACGCGAUUAGUUGUUUCUGCACCCAUAGUACAAUCAUCAAGUGUUCUUAAUGCUAUUAAGUAGAAUGACACAAGUCAGCACAUCUAAGAGUAGAAGAUUUUUUCUUUAAUGAAUAUUUGUCAUACAUUUUGUUGUUAUUUAUAUUUCUUAAUAUGAACGAGUGCUCAAAUCUUAACAUAGAUGUCGCUUAUACAUUUUUAACACAAAAUAAAUUCAAAAACUAUGAAGUUAAUUGAAUUAAGAUCUUCUCGUCUCUAUUAUAAUAAAGCAUUAUUUUGAGAAAAAUCUUUUGGACAUUAAUAAGGCUAUUAGCAGAUUUGAAUCUCCGUCAUGGCUUCUUUUUCUCGGUUUAUGGUUGAAAUUUGAAGUAUUAAUAAUCACAGUUAGGAUCGACCGAUAAUCUAAAUAUAUCAGCCACUGGAAUGAAGAAAUAAAUAAACAAAUCCCAAAAAUAUGGCUGUAUUUUUCUGUGUGAAUCGAAGUCUCUCUUUAAUUAUUAUUUUGCUUUCUAGAUAUGACGUUCAUUUAACGAAUCAUUUUUUGUUGUUAUUUUGGCUGAAAAUGCUUUUUCUAUUUUGAAGUCAAAUUCACAUAUCAUAUUUGUAUUGACGAUUUAAGAUUUAGGCAAAAUAUUGGUGGUUUUUGUAGAUUCAUAUUAUUGUUCGAAUCUAUAUCUAUUUUUUUUACUGAAUAUACUUUCUCUCCUUUCGUGUUCUUUUAUAUGAAGUCUAUUUUUUGAGUUAAACGUCAAAUAACAGGUAAAAUUACAAAAACAAAAAAAAUAAAGUGUUAUUUUUUGUUCAAUUCUGUUUUAUCUUUCGUUUUAGUUAGCAGUCCGUGCACGUGACCUUUGGUUUUACUAAUUGAUAUUUAUAUUUAUCCAUAGAAGAUGGUGCUAUAACAUUGUCAUUUGUACAAAGUAUUAAAUAUAAUAAUAAUAUUAUCGAAAAACCAAAACCAAAAUGUCAGUCGAUGCUUGUUGUCAAUCACCAACAAAUGUUCAUUUGCAUUUAAAACAAAGUCCGACUUUGUGUGAUAGUAAUAAUAAUGAAACUAUCGAACUGAAAGGUAUUAAAUCAGGCGCUUAUUUUAUUUAGGCACUGCUAAAGAGAAUAGCCUAUGUAGCCGAGCAGUAUAAAUUAAGGAACGUAAAAAUUUGUUAUUUUAUCAUUACUUCAGUAUAUCUGCUAUCGUAGUGGGAUAAGAAGUUAAAAUUAUCUUCUCCACUAUCACCUUCAAGACGUUUAAAAUAUUUUUCCUUCUUGUUUUAGCUAUAACUGCAGCGGACGAACAUGUUCAUGAUCAGUAUCCAUUAGAGAAUGGAAUUACAGAAAAGUUUGAUACAGAUAAUAGUACAGAAGUCAAUCAUGAAAAAGAAGACGAACAGCAACAGUCAUCAACAAUUAAUGAAACAACUAGUUUACCAUUAUCAAGCGAAAAACAACAGAAACCUCACGAAGAAACUCUUGUUAACAAUAAUGAAAAUGCGAACAAUCAAGAUGAGACAAUUCAACCAGUAUCGCCAGAAAGUGAAAAAGCUCUUUCUUUCUCGAAUGAUGAUAAUAAAGUGGUUAUUAACAAUAACGUAAUUACACCAGAACCUUACAAAGAUUUUAGUGGAAUUGAUACGGAAACAUUUAUUUCACGUACAAUUAAAAAUAAUCCGAAAGAUCGUUCGUUAAUGUUUCAGUUAGAACAAAUAUUUCGAGAAUUUAUUAACGAUACAAAAGUAAAAACAUAUCAGUUUCAAGCAAUGAAUUCAUAUCAGCGUAUGAUUGUGCAUCGUGUCAGUGCAUUUUUUGGCUUGGAUCACAAUGUUGAUAAAACCGGAGCAGCAAUUAUUUGUCAGAAAACUCAAAAUACACGAAUACCGUCAUUUUCCUUUGAAAACUGCAUUCCAGAAAAUGAACCACCUACACCAUCGCCAUCUGCUUCAAGUCCCCCAACAGAUAUCGUUGAUACAACAGAUUUAGUGACGCCAUCAACGAAUAGUAGUAGUAUCAAUAAUACAAAGAAAAUUUUAAGACGACGUGAUAUCAACGAUACAGCAAACGGCGCACCAUCAGCCUCUUCCUCAUCGUCGUCAUCGACAACUGGUGCCCCCAAUUAUAAUAAUUAUAUGCUUACACAACCUUCUCCGUCACAGCAUCAACGAAAACCCUAUCAUGAGCGACAACAACAUUAUAAUGAAGUGAGAAAAAAAAUAUUUAAUAGUCCUGGCGUACAACCAGGUGAGCCAGUACAACAACCACAGCAACAUAAUGUUAAAGUACUGAAUAAUGAUCAACGACAACAACAAAAAUUGUGCAAAAAUAUGACAAACAUAAACGAUAGCCAUCAGACACAAACAAACUCUUAUUCAAAUAUUCAAGUACAGCCGAAACAACAUUUUAAAAGUGAUUUAUCGAGAACGAAUGAACAACAGUCAUCAGCAGAUCGUCGGGUAUCAGAUAAUAUGAGUCGUAAACAACACCAAAGCUAUAAUAAUUCAGUGAACAGUGGAAAUAGAAAUAAUAAAUCUCAACAUUAUUAUCAAAAUUCAACUCAAUCAACAGCAAAUAUAUCAGCGAAUAAUAACAAUAGCAAUCAAUAUAGUCAUCAAUAUGGAGCAAAAUCAGCGAACACAACAGAUAUUAACGCAAGAACUCCAAUUUAUCCAAAUCAACAGCAUCAUCUACCAUCACAGCAGCAACAGUUUUACGUGCAAGCACCAAAUAGUUUUAACAACUCUACACAAAUGGAUAAUAAAUAUUUUCUACAUUCUAAUCCAGCUGGAUUACGUUCUCCACUUUCCGUUCCACUCAUUUAUCCAUCGCAACCACAAACUAGCAGCGAAUAUGACUAUAACCCUAAUUUAUUUCCCGUUGGAAUCGUUCCAACAUUUACACAUCAUAAUCAGCCUCAACAUCAGAUUCAUCCUCAUCCAGCAUUUGUUCAAACAAAUGCAAGCACGACUCUGACACAACAGCAACAACAACAACAACAGCAUCCACAUCAAAAUGCGCAAGGUUUACCAAUUUAUUUAUUACCUUCUCAACCGACUGCACAAAGUCAAUAUGUCUAUGUCACUCAACCACAGUCAACAUCGUAUCCACUAACAACGAUUAACCAAGAUGGAACAUUAUCAACGGGAGGACAUUAUCUUCACUUAUAUCGUCCCGAACAAGAUCGUUCGGCAACGUCGACAACUGAUGGAACAACAGCUUCCUAUUCGACAAUUGCUGGACAAGCCUAUCAACACCAACAGUUGCAACAACAACUAACAUUACAACAACAACCGCCUACACCUCAAUCACAGCAGCAGCAGUAUCGUCUAUAUUCUGCUGAUGCAGUUAGUACAAAUCCACCAGUUGCUCAAACAUUCAAUCCAUCACAACCAAACUUUACUCAAGGUGCAAUACAAGCUUCAACGGGUACAAUGCCCUAUCAGUUUACUGGAAUUACACCAUUAUCAUCGAAUACUGGACUAAAAACGGCGACAGUAUUUGAUAAUGGAAUGUCGAGUGUUCUAGCGUUUGGUUCGUCUAAAACAUCUGGAAAUCCCAAUACAACUACAAUUUUCAAUCAACCGAUGCUGUUAGCAGCAUUUAAUAAUGCCACUCAUUCGUCAAACGGCACUGAGGAAUAUCAUCAUUCCCAGUCAGCUCAACAAAAUUCUCGGUCGUUACAUCAGCAACAACAAUCGUAUAAUCCACAAGCGCGCUAUCAACAACACAACAAAUAUCAACAUCAACAAACAUCGAGUACUACACCAUCGUUUCGAAAAAAUGAUUUAUAUGUUGGUCAGCCUUUAAUCGGCGCCUCACCAAUGGUAGCUCAACCACGGCAUCAAUAUCAUUCUUAUCCUAAAAAUUCCUAUUAUCAUUCGCAACAACAAUACGAUCACUCAAAUCGCAACAAUCGUUCUUCGACUAGUAAUAACAAUAAUAAUAACAAUAAUACUAAUAUCAAUAAUAAUCAUAAUCCUCCCAUUACAUCACAAGAAAAACAAUCGUCACCACCACCAUCUUCAACAGAAACAAAAGAGAAUGAAAAUACCUCUUCGAACAAUGCAGAUACAGUUAGCAAUACAGUCAAUGCUUCAAUAUCUUCGAACGAACCAAAUAGUGCUCUUCCACUAUCAUCCUCAUCGUCAACAAUGACUUGUGUUCCUUUGUCACCUCGUCAACAGAAAAAAACUCUACAUGAUGAAACAGAAAGCAAAGAUAAUAAUACAGACGUAAAAGAGACAACUAAUGAUCCGAAAGAUGAAACAAAUGUAACACAGGAUAUUAUUUCCACAAUGAGUUUUUCUGAACGAUAUCUCGCCAGAGGUGGACGAUUACAUUUUAAUGAGGUUUUACCUCAUUUAUUUUUGGGUAGUGUAAGAGAUAGACAAAACAUCCUGGCCAUGAAAAAAAAUAAAAUUUCGCACAUUGUAUGUGUUAUUGAUGUGCCAGAUAUAAUUGUGGAUAAAGAAGGCUCUUACACCAUACUUAAUGUUCAAGCAGCAGACUCAAUCGAACAAAAUUUAUCUCAACAUUUUGAGAAAUGCAUCGAAUUUAUUCAUGCAGCACGACUCGAUGGAAAGGAUGUUUUGGUACAUUGUCAAGCUGGUGUUUCGAGAUCAGCAACCAUUGUACUCGCGUAUUUAAUGACAAUUAUGGACUGUGAUUUAGAUAAAGCAAUGCAAAUUGUUAAAGGAGCUAGAGGUUUCAUUUAUCCAAACUAUGGAUUCUGCGAGCAAUUAAAGAAAUAUCAAACAUAUGAUGUGAAAAAAAAAUGGUACAGUUUACGACGUCGAUAUUCACAUUAUUCUCCUAUAGAAGAUGAACAAUUUGCACAACUUCUAUUAACUUCUUAUUGGAAACAAUUUGAACCAGCGUACUCAGCUGAACCUAUUCGACAAAACCUUGAAAAAAAAUUCGGCACACUAACAACAGCCGAAGAUAUUGAACUUUGUGUUGCUAAUCAGAAUAAUUAUUUAAAAAUGAUCUAUGAUCCCGUUAAAAAGAGUGACACAUCAAAACGCCAUAUACAUAAUGGAACAAUGCCAGAAACAGAGGAUGCUAUAACUGAUAUAAGUGAAUGGGUACCAUCUAAACCAAUGUCCGAAUAUGUUGAACAACAAAUUGUACAAGAUUUUAUGCGAGAAGGAAAGAAAGCACCAUUAAAAUCACGACAAGAUUCAAUAGAAUCAAAACAGAAAAGAAAAAAAACUUUUAGAACAUCGCGUAUAUCCAAAGUCGAUGAUACACGAGCGAGAAAGACAAAACAAAAUAGAAAUCGAAUAAAUGGUGCAAAAAAGGUAGAAAAAUUUGUUCAGCGUCAUGAUGAUAAACAACAAUAUCGUGUAGGACGAAAGAGUCACAAUUCAUCAGCUACAGAACAAAUGGAUGUCAAUCAAAAAUCAUACUCAGCAUUUGAUAAAGAUAGCAUGUGA